AUGGGCAAUCUAGGUGACUUGUCGCCACAAGGCAGUGUCGCGGUCGGAAUUCUCGUCGGACUCAUCUCAACUAGCUUGCAGGCGAUCGGGCUUACCCUCCAGCGCAAGUCUCACCUGCUUGAGGACGAAAAACACCCAUAUGAUGUGCGCCGACCACCAUACAAGCGCCGCCGAUGGCAACUUGGCAUGGGAAUGUUUGUGAUUUCCAAUAUCGUCGGCAGCACUAUUCAGAUUACUACAUUACCGCUCCCGGUCCUUUCUACACUCCAAGCAUCGGGACUAGUGUUUAAUACAAUAUUCGCAACCCUCAUUCUCGGCGAACCCUUCACUCGGUAUUCCUUCGCAGGCACCGGCCUCGUCUGCAUUGGUGCGAUACUGAUCGCGACCUUUGGCGCCAUCGGAGAACCCGCUCAUACCCUGAAUCAACUGCUAGAAUUACUCCAUGGUCGACCGUUUCUGAUAUGGAUGGGUGCGACAAUGUUUGUGGUGGCGAGUAUUCUAGUGGGCUCGAAGCUAUUGAGAUACUUCCUGCCAGGGUCGCGGGGGAAACCCGUCGCAGGAGGCCACUUUACACCGCAUGUGCUACGUCUGCAGAGCCGGCUCAAGCUUGCCCGGGGUAUGUGCUAUGGAUCGGUCAGCGGAAUUUUAUCUGCUCACUCGUUACUACUUGCCAAAUCCGCGGUGGAGCUACUGGUGCGCACCAUUGUCGAUGGCGAGAACCAGUUCAACCGCUGGCAGUCCUGGGUGAUCUUGCUGGGGAUGAUCAUUCUAGCACUGACGCAGCUGUAUUUCUUACAUCGCGGGCUCAAAUUGUGUAGCACAAGUGUGUUGUAUCCAUUUGUGUUCUGCAUCUACAACAUUAUUGCCAUCCUCGACGGUUUAAUCUACUUUCGCCAGGCGUCCCAACUAGCUGGCUUCCAUGCGGGUCUUAUCGCAUUAGGAACUAUGAUCCUGCUGGGUGGUGUACUAUGUCUAUCCUGGCGUCUAGAAGAUAUCGAGAGUCAUACUUCCGUUACGGUUGUGGGACCCACACAGACGGGGCUUGGCCCAGGCCUGGGAGUCGUUGAGGAACACUCAUCGUCAUCAGGGCUGCUGGAUGGUCUGGACGAUGAAGAGUCAAACCUUGGAGAACGAGAACCACUCCUCCACCGCGGCUCUCGUCCACAGCGUCCCCCUCCACGAGCGCGGGCUCCUAGCCUCCCCGCCCUCCAAACGUUCGAUCAACAUGAAUCCGCAGAUCUCAACGCAGCUUCCAUAUGGGCCGAACUCGACGAUUCAGAUUACGACUUCGCAACCACACAUAUGCGCUCCUCUACCGAACGACCCCGCAGCUCCAGCAGCAGCGCCGCCUUGCAUGGCCCAACACGUGGUCUGGCCCGCCACUCAACGAUUGGCCCUAUCUCUUAUCAGCGCGUCCGAGGGACACAUCGCGGUCGCUCAUCCACACAGGAGAACCCAUGGCGACGUUCCUCAAUGCCCUGGGCCGGUCUCAUAGGUUCACAGCGCAAGCGACGGAGCCAGCUCUCUUCACCCAUCGUGUCGGGGGCAAAUGGAUACGGAUCAAUUCCAGAAGACGAGAUCGAACGCCGCCAACAUGAAGCAGCCACAGGCACUGUCCCCGAUCCAUCAUCUACGUCGAGCCUUCUCGCGGGUCCGAGAAGAACCCUGCAAGACGCGUGGAAUCAAAGCCGACAAUACCUGUUUCGAUGGACGACCCCGCCGGCGGGUGAUAUCUCCCACGAGCAUGACCGUGCCUAUUCACCUCUUUUACCGCGCUCAGAAACACGCCUCCCUUGGAUGAGAGAUGAGCAUGAACCUGUCUUGUCUGGUUCUAAGGGGCCCUCCCCAUCAUCAUCAUCACCACCUUAA